UCCUGAGCGGUGACUCCUGACGGCUCAGAGAAAGAGAGAGAGAAAGAGACUCGGUCUCUGAGACUGGAAGAAGUCGCGCUCCGGAAUCUAAUUUCUCUGUUUUUCCUUUUCUUUUUUAUAUGUAUGUAUAUUUAUAUAUUUUUUCUCUUCUGUUUUGAAUCUGUCACGUGCUGUCUUGCCUCAUGACUGAACGCGCUCGUUCUGGGAUGAUUUCAAUUAUGGGUCGAUUUGGGAUAACAUUUCCCCGGAGCCGCCGCUGAUGGUUCAAUCCCAGUCCGACCGGGUCCUCGCAGCGUGAUGGCGACAAAUGAGUUCGUCCUGCUGAAACUUUUAUUUUUGGCCUUUUUGGUUAAUACUUGGAUGAUGAGCGGGACAUCAGCCUCUGACACGUUCAACUUAGAGCCCACAAUUACCUGGCAGAGGAGGCUCUGCAACGAGUCCCGUCUCCGGUGGGAGGUGGAGAUCUGCGGAGAAGACUUCAAGCGGGACAUGGCUCACGUAGACCCGCAGCAAUGGUGCAACCUCACACACUUCAUGAGCGAGUAUCACCUCUUCACGCUCUGCACAGAGACGAAGUCCCACAACGUCGACUGCUACUGGCCCAACCCGCUGGUAGAGAGCUACAUCAUCCACAUACACAGGCACCUUUUCUCCAACUGCACCGUAGAGGAGGUGAUAUGGAUGGACCCGCCGGACGACACGCUCACUGUCCUCAUCCUCAUACCGGUUUUCCUCACCUUGGCCAUGAUUGCUCUGGUGGUCUGGUGCAGCAAAAGGAGCGAUCUCCUGGCAUAGGACAUGAGAACACAAGACGGAGAGGAAAAACUCUAACUAAGGACCAAACCUCUUCAAUUUGUAAAAUAUAUUUUUGGGGGAAUUAAAUAGUCCAUUAAUGGCACAGUAAACUAACUUAAUCUCUUGUUACCAGGGGUGAUGAAAAGCUUGUAUGUAUUAAAUUGUAGAUCUUGUCCCCUCUGAGCCAUUGUACCGUGUACCAAUGGCUCGUGUUUCUCUGUGAAGUUGCUCACUCUUUUGUGCAAGUGAAAGGAGUUGAGGGCAUAUUCCAAAUGAAUCCCUAAUCUAGUUUUGCAAUACAAAAGCAUUUCAUUCAUAAGAAAUUUGACAUUAGGUGUUCAUCUAUUUUUACUCGUCCCUGUUCAACAUAAACGCAAAUUUUCUGUUAAUACAUGUUCAAAUUCAUUCGAUGGAGUUAUUUUUCCAGCAUUGAAUUGAAAACAAGGUUGUGUGAAUUUGGGAUGAGAGACAAGAAUUUGAACUUCUAACCUGUAUAGAAAUGUAGUUUGUGUCCAAUGUGAAAAUACUGAUUUAAGUCAACUGAGACUUGGACGUGGCCCUCGACUUGACUUUGGUUGAAAGAGGCAAAUUGAAUUGGGGCAAAAAAUGUAUUUAGACUUAAGUUGGAGUUUCCCUUAAAGACUUGAGAUCUGACUUGGAUUCGGAGCAAAAUCCUCAGACUUGUCCAUAAAAUAGUUCACUUGGUGUUUGGACAAAAUACUUGAGAACUGAAAUGAAUUUAUUCAGAGACUCAAUAAAUGUUAUUUUUAGAGUAAUAGUCUUUAGUCUCUAGAAGACUUGAGCCUUGACUUGGAUUUGGGAGAAAUCAGAGCACAUGUAUUUUUACACAUUUGACCUUCACUCGCUGUUGUUACUUGCUGAACUUUUCUACAAAUUCGACCGCACUUCAAAUUUGAUCAAGAUUGGACGAAAAAUACUUUUGGCUCCAUGCAUUUGGCAUCUCUUUACCAAUGCUUGACAAGAUUGAAGAAAACAAACAAUCUUGUCUGAGGGAGUAGUAAAAUGACAUUGUGCUCACUUAAAAUGAACAAACAAGAUCAGAUUUAAGCUUUAGAGAGAUUCUUUUUUUUUAUUUUUUAUUUUUACCAAAUCUGACAAUUAAGCUAGCUGUUUCUGUGUGUCUUCUGUCUUUAUGCUAACCCAACCAGUGUCCUUGAGGGUCUCAACAUUGGGACUUUAAAUAAUCGAACUCCUCCGGGGUGACAAGGACGUGGGUUGUCUUGAUCGACUCUCACUCACCGGGUUGAUUUGCCCAGGAGGACAAAUCUGAGCUACAUUCUUGAAAUCUCUUGGAUGCAGACUUUUGACCCCGGAGAUUCGCUGCAUCGCCGCUGAACGCCAGAGCGUCCGCCGCGCCAGUGACCGAUCUCUACACCGAUGGGAAAUCUCAGUCGCAGAGGAAGCUGUGUUUAAAUAUUCUAUCGUCGCUCUGUAUGAUACGCCUGGAAGGAAGCCAAAGUUGGGAUUUAUACUGUUUCAAGGAAUGCGAUGUUUAGUCUUGCUAAAUGACUGAAUGGAUCUUCACCACUGGAAAGAGUAAAUGUCACAAAGACGAGGGAAACGCUGCGAUUUAUAUGUUUCGAGACUUGAAUUUUCGGUUGGACUGAUCCCCAAAAGUCUGUUUUUUGUAGCAGUAUAGCUUAUAAGAUCUUGAAAUACUAGUGCUCACAAAGCUGAGUUAUCAAUAGAGGCCAAACUCUGUCUGUGCCGUCUGCUGUAUCGUUGUUGCUUUUCCACUGUUACUCAGACAAGAGAUGCACACUGUUGGUUUACCACAAGAACAGCCAAUUAUUAAUUUGACACCCUGAGCCUUUUCAGACCCAAAUAACUCUUAAAUGAAGUCAUCCAUUGGUAGUUCAAGUGUGAUGAAAAACAUCAAGAAUAAAGAGCUUUGAUUUAAUGUCCAAAAUGAACUUUAAAAAAAAAAAAAAAUCUUAUCCACAAAGCCAAGCUUACCAUGUUCCAGUAGGAUUAGCUCAUCGCCAACUUAGAUUAGCAAAAGAUAAAUCACACUGAAUUUGGUCUCACAAACUAAACAGAGUUUGAGCAAUAGUAUGUUUUUAGCUGCAGAUUUUUAUGAAUCAUAAAUAGUCCGUAACUGCAAAUAUAACCUAUUUUUAUUACUGAGGAAACCAUGUGGGAUUUUGACUUAGACGUAUCUCGCCUUUUAAACUGGGAAUCCGACAUUUGUGUGUAUUUUUGUGUUACAAAGAGUUUAUAAAUGCACACUUCUAACUUUAAGUGAAAUGCAGCAUAAGCUAGGCACUUUUCUUUAUUUUGCUUCAAAGAAGGAUCACUCUCUUUUAGCAAGUUCAGCUUCUGGAGCUUUGAACAGACAGUAUUUAUACUUGUUUCGAAACCAUCGAGCAUUUUCAACACUAAAUUGUACACUGGAUAUGCACGCUUGGCAUAACUAAAAGCAGAAAGUCAGCUGCUUUGUCAUAAACCUUUGAUAGGACACGAUGAAUCAGGCAAAGACAUUUAGUUACUGAUCAAACAAACACAGAAAGAAACCUCUGUCUCAUAGUCGCUGUUCAAAUCCACACAUUUAUUUUGCAAAGGAUUCAAUUUUCCACUUGGUUUGUGCUCAGAAACACUAUCAAACUUUUUAAAAAUCAUCUUUUCAAAGUAUAAAAUUGAUUUUAAGAAACUCAAUUUCUGAUGUUAUGUGUAAACCUGAUAUCUGGAGAUGACUAAUAUAUAUUUUUAUUAUAAUAAUUUACUUUUAUAAAAACACACAAGAGUGAAGCCUCUUUCAAUGGUCCUUGAGCCUAAGUCUGUUUUUGUCAUGCUCUAAUUUUUCUUCUUGAAUUUUGAUGCUGUUACUUCUGACAGAGUAGAAGACUUUUUUCAAAACCCAAGGGAACAAAACUAUUUCAAAGACCAUGAUAAUGUUGUAGCAUUACCCAUAAUUUCUCCAUUCAAACAUAUUUUCCGAAUAUUUCACGAGGGAAUAAAUCUUUCUGAGUUUUUAAUUGACAUGAAGGAAUUUUUAAAGUGGAAAAUCCCCAAAAGAGGGAUUAGACAAGGAAGAACAUGAAAUAAACUAUAUAUGUAGCUGUAGACGUUGCCUGUAAUAAGAUAACAUUUUCUAACUCAAUUCUUGAGGUGUGAUAUUAUCUAUUUAUAUCUUAUAUAAACUUAAUGUUUGUUAAUGCUUUAAAAUGUGCUUUUGGUGACCUUUUCUUUUUCACUAGUUUUUACACAAUGUGUGAAAUCUGCUUACUGAUUUGGCUUUGACCAGCUUUGCAUGAAACCCUUUGAAUGGGGAGAUAGUGUCCAGGGUACAGUGGUGUGUUAGAGCCACAGUGGGAAAUGAGAAGCAGCGGCGGACAGAUAGAGAAGGGGUGGAAAAAAAACCCAACAAAACCCUUGAAAUGUUGUCUUUUCUAGAUAAAUAAUAAAGAAAGUCACGUUGU